AGUGCUGUCGCGCUGUCAUUCGUCCAAGUUUUCAUCAUGGAGUUUCGCACGACAAGCGUGAUGUCUCUACUUUUGCCGGUAUUCCUUUCCGUUGUUUUGAUGUCCUGCGUCUCGGCAGACAAUGACGAUCACGGUGAGGUCAAGAACGAAUACAAUGAGUUGAUGUUCAAUCAUGCCAUCGGGAAAUCGGCGCAUUUCAUCAUGUUUUUCGCUCCUUGGUGUGGACAUUGCAAGAAGUUAGCGCCAGUAUGGGAUCAACUUGCUGAGCGUUUUAAUACAGAUGAAUCUGUGCCAGCCACUUAUGCAAAGGUUGACUGUAUCAAGGAGACCAAGGUUUGCCACGAGAACGAUGUCAAGGGAUACCCAACUCUCAAGUUCUUCAACCCAGGCAAGCAGCCGGCCAAAUACACCGGCAAACGAGACUUUGAAAAUCUGGAGAGGUUCAUGCUUGAACAACUUGACAAGAAGAAGGAGAGUGUUCCCCAACCUCCGGAGGCCAAACAUGGACUCUACGAGCUGACGGAAGACAACUUCAAGGGGCACAUUACCGAGGGUGACCACUUUGUCGAAUUUUACGCCCCCUGGUGCGGACACUGCAAGAGAUUGGCGGAGCCAUGGCAACAGCUCGCAGAAGGGUUCUCACACAACGAAGCCAUCACGAUAGCAAAGAUUGACUGUACAGCACAUAGACAGGUCUGCAGGGAACACAACGUAAACAACUUCCCAACACUCAAGUACUUCAGGGACGGCAAGGAGAUUGACACCUACAAAGGUGGGCGUGACCACAAAUCCCUGAAGGAGUAUGUCACCAGCAAGAUGGCUCCGCCCAGCACCGAAGCCCCGCCCACUCAAGACAUCAAGAAGGAAGAAAAGAAAGUGGAGGAGAAGAAGAUAAUGGACGGGCCGGCGGGGCAGACUGAGCCUCGGGAAUCUAAGGUCGUCAUAUUAACUGAAGAUAGUUUUCCAGAGGGCAUCUCGAAAGGCCUCACAUUUGUCAAAUUCUUCGCACCUUGGUGUGGUCACUGCAAGAAACUAGCUCCCACCUUUGAAGACUUGGCUCGGAAAGUCGAGGACAAGCCAGGCCUUACAGCGGCCAAGGUGGAUUGCACGGUGCACAAAACCACCUGUAGUAAACAUGAGGUUAAAGGUUACCCCACCCUGAUGUUAUUUAAGAAUGGCAAUUUUGUGGAGAAAUACAGCGGAAGUCGCUCUCUGGACGAUAUGUAUUCCUACAUGCUCCGUAAACUCAAAGAAUCGCAGAAGGAGGAGUUGUAAGACAUCCUUCACAGUCGCUAAUCAUGGUUUUAUUCUUAAAAGUAGUGGCCAGAUAUUUUUCUCUUGUGAAAAGAUGCAACUGAAUGUGAGAGUGAUAAAAUCAAAUGUCCAAAAUUAAAGGCUGAAGUCACUUUAAUAGCCCAUUCAAAAUCAAUUUGCCAACUUAACCAGUUCAAGUCGGAGGACGUGUAUACACGCAAAGGUUUUGCAAUACAUGUAAUUGGAACAGAUGAUAGAUAAACACGCAAGGAGAGAGGCCGGAAAUAUCUGUCAGCGACCCACUCGCAAGCGAGGCAGGAAAUAUCAGGGUGUGCUACCUGCAGAUGAUGGCCUGAAACCGCGGCAUCAAUCUUUAUGAAAAACAAUUCUGCGCAUGGGUCCGGUCGAUGUCAAAAUAAUCCCGGCACAAACUGGUUAAAUUUGCACAACAGAAAAUACCGAAGUGAAAAUGUUCAUGUGAUCAAGUUUGCUGUGGGGAAAAAAAAUUACUGUUGAUAGUAUUAAACAGCUUCCAUCUGAAGUAAGCUUCUUAUCUUUUACCAAACACAAUUUGUUGGCCUAAAGGCACAAUUUGUAAGUCGUAAUUUGUCAAGCAUUACUCAAACUUGUAUAAGGUUUUUACCUUUUGAUAGAUAUGUGCACAUAUUUUCAAGUGUUUAUAAUCAAAAUAUUGCAUUUUAUGGAAGGAAUGUUGCAUCCUGUCUUCUUUUUUUCAAUAUAAUCCCAAUGAAGGUAAAUCGUGGCAACAAUUUUGAAAGGACAUGAAUCUGGGACUGAGAAACAUUUCCACUUAUGUCGGAAAAUACUUUGAAAAUGCACUCAACUCUCCAUAGACUUUGUACACAACCAAAGUGGCGUCUGGAUAUUACAUUCUUUCCAUUUCAUUUUUGGCACUGAUUUGUACUUCAGCUUGCCAAGUUUAGUUCUUGAAAGUUGUAUUAAAGUGCAAUAACUCAAAACUAAGUAACAAUUGCGCCCUUAUAACAUUCAUUUUCAUCGUUUCAGUUGUAUCUUUUGGGACUUUUAAAGUUUGAAGAUUAGUUUAGGUGUAUUUUUUUUUAGAUUUGAUUUAUUUCAGAAUCCAAAAAUAAUAUUUUGUAAUAAUUAUGAUUAUUCAGAUUUUCGUUUCCACAAGUGCCUUACCAAGAUCUUGUUUAAUACAUACAUGGUGUGCAAGAUUUUGUCUAGUUUUAUAAGAGGUUUUUACUCUUUUUUGGGAAAGGUUAUUCGUCAUAGAAGUUUCAAUUUUAAACAUUCCAAUAUUUCUUGAAACCCGUCAAUACAGCGCACAAGGAUGGACAUCAUGCUUGUUUCUAAGUAUCAAAACAAAACUGUACUCUGUCAUAUUUCAAGGUCGACUCAUGUUAUUGUAUUUUUAGGAGCAGACAGUACAUAUUAUUGCAGUUUUGUAAGGAAACGUCAAUACAUUCUAGAAAAUAAGCUCGUUCCUUUUCCAAGAAACAAAUUAUGAGUUAUAAAAUAUUGAAAACAGUACUCACCGUUACAAUUGUUUUCACAAAUAUGAAUUGGAUCGAACUACAUUUUCAUGAUCACAUUUUUGUGUGCACUUGUAAUUUUAACAGAGUAUAUAUCUCCUUUUACAUUUCCAAAUACUUGGUGUUUCAUAUGCUCUAAAAAGUAUUGUUCAUGUACUUAAAAAGUAUGAUUAUAUCUGAACUUGUGAUAAUCUAAAUCACAAGGAAUAUAUACACCAUAUUAUUUGUCAAAAACAUUUAUACUUUUACACUGUUUACAAAUAUUUUCCUAGUCUGUUUAGUCUGUCUAUUACACAUCAGAAAAAUAAAUUUACAGCAAUCAGAUAGAA